UGGUGCAUUAAACAUUUAUAACCAAGAAAAAAAAAAAAUGUUUUUAUAAUAUAUCCAGAAUAAAAACACUACAAUGCUUCCACACGUGUUUCGAUUGAUUAAUUGAUUAAUUGAUGAUGGAAAAUGUUUAUCAGUAAUUAUGUUCCACUCCUUAGUAAUAUGUCCUUCAAUACUGUGUAGAUGUUCUUGAUUUAAUAGAACAAAGUACUGCUCCAAAACAGAAAUUGGAUUUUGGAACCAGGAGUGAGGAGGGGGCUGUUAUUAAAAACAUCUGGAUCUGAGCUCAGGGGAACUGCCUCCUGCAAACCAAACCCACGUUCACCUCGAGUUUCUGCGACUGACUAAGUCAAACCAGGACCAAUUAUUAGAGCUGGAGUCUCGCGCUCCACCCCUCACACACACACACACACACACACACACACACACACGCACAGUGAGACCGUUGUGCAGCCUUAAUGCGACUUCAUAACGCGCAGCUUCACGUCUCCCAUCAUGCGCUCGCUUCUGUCCGCGGUCCUCGCGUGCGCCGUGCACUAUGCGCUCGCGAUGUACGGAUUGGAUCAUGCUGAGCUCCAUCACCGGAGCAGCUGCACACCGAUCCCCACCGACCUCUACCUGUGCCGCGGGAUCGAGUACGCGCGCAUGCGCCUGCCCAAUCUGCUCGGGCACGAGACGCUGAGCGAGGCGGCGCAGCAGGCUGCCGCGUGGGUGCCGCUCGUGCACAAGCAUUGCCACACGGACACGCGCAAGUUCCUGUGCUCGCUCUUUGCGCCCGUGUGUCUGGAGGAUCUGGACGAGCCGAUCCAGCCGUGUCGCUCUCUCUGCCAGGCGGUCAGGAGCGCAUGUGCGCCCGUUAUGGCCGCCUUCGGAUUCCCGUGGCCCGAAAUGCUCGAAUGUACCCGAUUUCCAGAAGACAACGACUUGUGCAUUCCUCCAGCGCGGGGGGACAUCGAGACCCUGGGGCCAGUGGCACACGGAGUACCAAAGGUGUGCGACGCCUGCAAAGAGAAGCUGGAGGACGAAAAUGAAAUCAUGGACAGUCUAUGCAAAAACAAUUUUGUUCUGAAGAUUAAGGUGAAGGAGAUCUCCUACAUGAAUGGUGACACCAAAAUCAUUCCUGAGACCAAGAGCAAGAUCAUAUACAAGCUGAACGGAGUGACGGAACACGAACUGAGGAAGCCUCUGUGGCUCCGAGAUGGUCUGGAGUGCAUGUGUGAUGAGAUGAGUGACAUCAGCGCCACCUACCUCGUGAUGGGUCAGAAUCUGGACGGGAACCUGGUGAUCACGUCACUGAAGCGUUGGCAGAAAGGGCAGCGUGAGAUCAAGCGCCUCUACCGCAGCAUCCGCAAACUGCAGUGCUGAGGGGUGAAAACUCUAAGAAUGAAAUAAAACUUGAAUCCAGUCUUUAACUCAACUCAACUCAACUCAACUCAACUCAACAUCAGCACCAAUGGUUUUCCAUUUGUCACUAUAUUUGUUUGUUUGCAUAUUCCUAAAUGUGUGUGUGUGUGUGUGUGUGUGUGUGUGUGUGUGUGUGUGUGUGUGUGUGUUUACGGCACUUUUUUUUUAUCAGUAUAAUGAGAUAUAGCUGGCUGUAUUCUCAUGUUUUAACCAGAAGAAGAGUGAUUUCUUGCUUGUUGAAAGUUCAUAUGUUUUGAGUGUUUUUUGAGUUCUUUUGUAUGUGACUUUAAAGGCUUUGCUGUUUCUAUGUAAAUCCUUUAAACCACAAUCUGAGAUCAUCUAAUGUUGGUUUAUUUCCUGUCUGUCAGUUAGCAUAUUGGUAUGAAGGUCUGUUUCUUGUUAUUCUCUUCUUUGGCUCGGCGAAAUCUCACAAUCACGGGCUCCGCUCUGGAAUUUUUCUGUUCUUAACUCAAUUGGGUUCACAUUUUCACAUCAAGGUUUUACUGCAUAAAUAUUUGAAAAAGAUGCUCAUUCUGGUGGUUUUGGAGGCAGCGGAAUCAGGAAUCACAUUUCCUUCAUUAUUACUAUGGGGUAAAUACUGAGCACAUACAGCAUGGAAGUUAAUUGAUUAUUAAACAAUGUGAUACAAAGUCAUAGAUGUUCUUCAAUAAAACGUAUAUAAUCA